AUAUAUAUAUAUAUAUAUAUAUAUAUAUAUAUAUAUAUAUAUAUCUGCUACAGGCUAGAGGAAAUUUUACUUUUAACUCUGUAUAGUACAUUUACAUAAUCAUACUGUUUGCAGGAACACUUAUGGUUUUGAAGAAAGGUGGACUGUGUGUAUCAUUACAGAUGCUGUUAUGCAUGGUAGAAUAAAUAUAUGUGUCUAUCUGUGUGUGUGUGUGUGUGUGUGUGUGUGUGUGUACGUGUGUACGUGUGCGCGUGCGGCGUGCAUGUGUGUACAGUACAUUAUCACACAAGGAAUGUUAUAACUGUUUACUCCUUAUCAAACUCUGUGUCAUUGAACUGUUCACAUAAGGACCGAACACCAUGUUUACUCUGUAUGUUUUCAGUUGUGUGCCUUGUUAUCAGAUGUAUGCUAUGACAAAGGUGUAUUAAGAUGCCAGCCAGUCCUUCAUCAUGAUUGUGUAGGCCUAUCACUUGUUUCACUGCAACCCUAUAUUGUUGCAACAAUAAUUUCAGUUCAGAAGAUACGUCUAAUUGGAUUUGUUCAAAAGGGCAGUCAAUAUCCAAUGUGAUUCAAAGAUAGCUCAGUUCAAUUUGUUCAGGUCCGAAUGCGGUGUAGCCUGACCAGCCAGACCUUGUUGCUGAUAGGAACGUCUACUAGAUUUCUAGGCUAGUGUUUCGUCGGUUUCGUCCCUUGCAGGUUCGAUUUCCUCAUGCUCAGGAUUUCCUUGGGUAGCUGCUAGGCUCGAGUCGCCACCUAGUGUCCACUUUGAAAUAUCUCUCAUGCUGUCUCGCAGUUAGCUGCUACGCUGAAUCCCGUUGAGCUGUCCACAAACUCUUCCGACCAGGUAGGGGGGGAAACUGGCCUGCACAACAGGCCAGAAAGAAUACGUCAAAUAAAUAACUGUUUCUCUCGCCACUGCAGUAAAAACUCUCAAGUGUUUAGAUUCUAUGACUUUUAAAACACAGCGAUAAGGAUAGAUCUGCUAAUAACUGUCACCAUGGUAACGUGAAAUGAACUUGCUUAGCAGUCACUCAAAACACAAAUUAAUCCAUAAAAUGUCAAGGAAUUGAGGAACAUUCUUACAUACAUUUCACUUCUUUAACAUUAAACAUUCCUACGCUGGUGAAACAACUUCAGUAACUGUGCUUUGGUGGACUAACAUAGCAUAGGUUUUACAUCGCUAGCAUCUAGCUUAGCCGAGUAAUGCUAGAACUAGAACUAUGGUCAUUCAAUGCAUAGACAUUAGAAAACAAAGUGAAACUCACCAAAACCGUCUUUAAAACAUAGCAGCUACCUCAUCUAAACCACCGCUAGGAAAUAAUUGAUUGACUCAACAGUAGAGACGUUAAAUAAGCUUUGUUUUGAGUUUAAUUCAAGGUGUCUGGAUUUCGUUUCAGCCAUUUGUGUUCACAGCUAGCUCGUUGUUCGCAGUGGGGCAGUGUCAAAACCAUUGAAACUUCAACAAAAAAACUAUAUUUUAAUACAUCGUAGCAGCUACGAGUUCUAAUAAAUGCAUACAUAACUAAAUGUCUUAUUUAUGUAUUUAUUGCUAUUUAUUCAUAUAGGCUACUUAUAUAUUUAUUUAUAUCACUAAGAUUGUUCUAUUGACUUGGUAAAAGGUUACUUCACUGUGGACCAUCAGUCCUGAUUUUGGUCUGGUCUCAUACAUAGUAUGGUCACUUAAUGAUGAGAUUUUGAUUUGUUCAGAAUAUGUCUCAAAGUGUGCAGGAAAGGUUUGGGUUAGCACUGAAGCUGGAAGAAGUUGGGGAGGUGCUAUUGAUUACUUAUUCAUAUAGCGGAAAGAAAUCUACGCUCUUGUUUUUGCUACAACAGGGCAUUUGCGACUGCAUGCCACAAGCUUGAUAGGUGUACAUUUGUAAGAAUAUAGGCUUGUUUUUAAUCGGCCACUGUGGGUAGAACAAGACAUGUAACACCUUUCCUCUUGUGUAGGCUGAAACUUCUGUCCAACUGAACUGACCUCAAGUCCAUGAAACCUAGAUAAUCUAAAAUGAUUAAACCCUGACCUGACCUGACCUUGUAAUUUCAAGGAUUGGGGAAUAAUCUAUUCUAAAAUGAUCAUUGAUGGAACCCUGACCCAGUCUACCAUAGUUACCAAAGAUUCUAGAAUCUUUGAUAGUUACUAUGUCGACAUGGAAUUUUGCAGAAAUUCCAUUCUAGAACGUACAAAUAGUAUAUAAAGGGGAAAAGGGCAUUUUUCAUUCAGUUGUUCUUGGACAGCACAGAGAGCAGACGCUUUACGACAUUCCAACGACAACUUUGACACCUGCUAAUUUCAUUGAGCCAUCUCCAGCUAUCUUCACAGCCUAGGCUACUGCUGUUUAUAUUCUGAUUUAUAUUUUCAUUUAAGAUUUGAUAACUGUUGAUAACCUUGUGCUACUUCCAUCAGGCUAGGCUACUUUAGGCUAAAAGACUUAGCAACGUUAGCUGCUAGCUAUACUCGUAUUCAAAAGGCACUAGAUUGUUUGUUUGUUUUUAAACUGUUGUUGAUAUAAUGGCGACACAUGAUACUAACCUUUUUGCCAGAUUAGGAUUGCGCCCAGUGCUGGUCUGCACAGCAGGCCUGACUGCAACAGCAGUGGGCGCUGUUUUUCUCCUUUCCAGGUGGCAUAAGGAGACCGCCGAGAUCGGGACCCAGACGGACUGGGAGACGGCUGAAGCUGCGACCCAAGCCGGUUGGGAAACGGCUGACGCUGGGACCCAAGUACUAUGGGGAACGGCUGACGCCGGGACCCAAGUACUUUGGGAAACAGCAGAGGCUUCGACCCAGGCCGGCUGGGAAACGGCUGAUGCUGGGACCCAGUCCAAAUGGGAAACGAUGGAGGCUGGCGUCCAGGCAGCAUGUCAGAGGGCUGAUGCCGGUGUCCAGGCGGUGCAGGAGACGGCUGUCUCUGCAACCCAGGCUGUGUGGGAGACCGUGGAGGUGGGAACACAGCCGGACUGGACAGACGGAUUCAUCCUUGUGGAGACUGUCAUGCCCCAUCAGGUCACUCUGGAUGGUGCGGAUGGACAGCUGCAGUCGUCUGGGUGGGAUGUCCAGCCCCUGUUUCGCUCUGGCAUGGUGUUCAGGUCGUCCACCCUGUCCUUCCGCGGUGCUGUGAUGGUCGGAGAGAGGCGGUGCUCAGGGGAGACAGUGGAGGGAUCUCUGAGGACGCAGUUCUCGUUCGCUGCCGAUGAGGAGGUCAUGCUGGAUGCAGAGGGCAACCGUGACUUCUACACCAGCACUGACGCUGCAACCAUCAUCGAGUGGUGCUGUGGUGACAUCGUCCGCGCAGAGUCUCACCGUAAGCAAGAGUCCAGGUUGUUAGUUCUCCUGGAUGGAGUUCAGGUCAUCCAGACCUCCACGAGCUACAAGCGGGUGACCUUGUCUGCCAACGGAUCCCUGGUGAGCUCCGAGAGGUCUGAAACCACCUCCGUCCCUGCCCCUGUGGUCCCUGACCCGUCUGCUGAUGGUGCCGAUGGUCCUGCUGAUCCACCUGGUGCUGCUGCCUCAGCUGCUGCUGCUGGCGACGCCCAGAGCUCUGCCCAGGGGUCAGAGGACAGCAGCCUCCUGCCUGAGGCUCGGGAGGUCCCCUCACUCUUCGACUUCUUACAGUCCAGGAGCCUGACGGACUUCUCGACUAGACUGACAGCCCUCAGGCAGGCCUUCACCAUCCUCCUCAGCGAGGCUCAGCAGUGCAACCUCGCCAGCGUUGCCGUGAAGAUGAUCCUGCGCAACCUGGCCACGCUGAAUGGGAGGGAUGCAGAUCUCUUUCAACGGGCCUUUGAUGACCUGGUGGUCUACUUCCAGAACCCAGAGAAUGCCCUGAGCAUUCCAGUGGAGCUUCUGGAGGCGAGGAUCCACCACGUCAACGCCCUUGACAUUGUGUUCGAGUUGGUGCUGUUUGGCAUGCUUGGCGCUGCUCCACCCCAGCUGGUCCCUCAGGUGCAGGGUGGGUUCCUUGACCAGCUGCUUGCAGUGGUCAGAGCCAUCCUGCCCCUUGAGGUUUGGUCACCAGCUGCAGAUCAAUAUUGGCAGAUGCUGCGGGCGGACGUCCUGGCCUUCCUGGAGGAGAUCUUCUCUCUGGAGCUGAGUGACUACAGCCGUCCCCAGGCCCUCGCCGAUGGGCUCUUCAGCCGCCUGGAGCAGCGGGUGGACCAGCUGCUCAGCACGCUCCCAUCACCCUAAUAUCCUUUUUAAUACUUUUAAUAAAAUUACUAAUAAUAAAUAAUAUAAUACAGUAAUAUAUUACAAGUAGUGUAGUAACACCUACCCUCUAUGACCCCCCCCCCCCCCCCUUUCCUUACAGAUGAUACCUGUUGCAGUUUAGUUGAGGCCCACCAGUACCUUCCUGAGGACGAAGUACAUCCAAGGACACCUGGAGGAUCUGAAGACUCCUGGACAUCUGAUGACGCAAUACCUGGACAUCUGAAGAUGUUGCCACACCAUCCCCUGGACCUCGACUUACACCGAGCGCAUGCAGGACGUAUCAGACACGCAUGCACGCGUCGCGCACACACACACACACACACACACACACACACACACUGCACACUCACUGCACACACUUUAAUAACGGCAUACCUUUUUUUUUUUUUUUUUUCAAUAAAUCAGUCAU